AUGCGUGCCUCGCCGAUCAACGGGGAAGCCAACCUUCGUGGGAAAAGGGAAAAGAGUUGUUUAUGGAUGCAUGUCACUUGUGCAGAUUGCCUGGGUAUUGACCAACUCGGUUACACAGAUCGCAUCCGUAUAGAGCAACUACUCAAAUGGAUAGCGGUGAUCAAGGGAGACAAGGCCCUAGCUGGGGUGGAAGGGAGGGACUUCUGGCGCAAAGACGACGGGCUAGCCGUUUAUCUGUCCCGUCAACAUUUCAACCUUGCUGGAUGGUGGAAGGGUGUGCGCAUUGAGGUCGCAGCAACAGAUGUCAGAAAUCGGCUCCUGAGCACAGUGCUUACGUAUACGAGUGUUCUGAAAGAGCGAGCCUGGAAGCUGAUGGCCAAUGCAGACAGGAUAGCGAGGCUUACACAAGCUGCAAACGCUAUUGGACAGAGAGCAGUGGAUAGGCUAGCAGAACCGGAGGGAGAGAAGGGGACGAUAGAGGGAGAAGAGGUAAAUAACACACUGUCACAUACAGGUCCGUGUUAA